CAAAGAGUACAGUAAUGCAGUAAGACCUGAAAAAGCAACCAUGCUCAAUUACUUCAAUAAUCUCUGUUUCUCUCUCGCACUCCCGAAACCCAACUCCCAAAGAACAAAGCCCUCUACCCCACCGCACCCCCACCCCAAACCCCUACUCAACACGCCUGCCUAUUAUUCAAUAUCCUCAGUGCCAUUGUCCUUCAGCUUCUAUAAUAGAUUAAUUGUAUAGUUUUCUUGAAAAGCUUAAGCUCUUGAAGUGGUUAAGUUGUGUACAACAGUACAACAUGGACAACGUAGCACAAGUAGCAGGAGUGGACGCCAUGGGCCUGAUAAACCUCAUCACAACCUCCGCCAGAAACGCCACGACGCUGAAAUACAACUGCGAGCAACUCGCCGGCCAUGUGAGGAUGAUCGGAAACUUGCUGGAGAAGCUGAAAUCGACGGACCUCAUGAUCUUACCGGCGACACAGGAGCCAUUGGAGGGGCUAGAGGAGGCGCUGAGUAAGGCACUGGACUUGGUGGAGAGUUGCAGAGAAAAAAGCUACCUUUACAUGCUCGCCAUGGGUUGGAGCGCCGUGUACGAAUUCCGUAGAGUGCAAAACGAGAUCGAUCGGUACCUGAAGCUCGUGCCGUUGAUUUCGCUGGUGCACGAGUUUCGGAUUCAGAAUGUGAAGGAGAGCUUGCAGGCCAUUGAAGAGGACCAUCGAGAGUACACUCUUGACGAGGAGGAUGUAGAGGCCCAACAUGUUAUACUAAAACAUGAUCGUUCAAAGAAAGAUGCCAGUGUUCUAGAGAAGUCUCUGUCACGUCGAUACCCAGACUUGAAAUUCCACGAGGCUCUUGAAGAGGAGAAAGAGAAGCUGCACUUUGAACUGCAACGUUCUCAAGUGAACAAUGACCCCAAGCAAUGCCAUGUAAUUGAGCAUCUCAUUGAUGUUACAGAAAAUGUCAUUAAUGUGCCAUUGGAAAAGGAGCUUGCCCUGAAAGCACAAACUUGUAGUGGACCUGGGUAUGUGUCAACCACGAAGCUCAGCAAUGGAGCCGAUGGCCUACAAACUGGAAAUCAAGAUAAAACGGAGUGGAUGGCUGAUCUCUUCGGCUGUUGCGCAGAACCUUGUUUAAGUUUGAAGGCUUGCAUCUACCCCUGCGGAAUAUUUUCAUGGAUUGCCCAGGUGGUGUCAAAAGGAAAAAUAACUCAUGAACAUGCAUUGAACAAUAUGAUGGCAUAUUCCCUCUUCUGUGGUUGUUGCUGUUACACUUGUUGCAUAAGAAGGAAAUUGCGGCAACUUUUAAAUAUAGAGGGAGGUUCAUGUGAUGACUUCUUAACUCAUCUGAUGUGUUGCUGUUGUGCGAUGGUUCAAGAGUGGCGCGAGCUUGAACUGAGGGGUUUUGAAGGUUGCCAAGGAAGAAAGAUGAUUCCACCACCAUACCAAUAUAUGAAAUAUUGAUCGUGCUUCUUUUUGUUUAUUUGAAUUCCUAACAUACAAAUCCCCUAUUGGAGAGACAAAUUAGAGAGACGCUAGCUAUUCAACAAACGAAGAGGUUAAUCACUUUAAUGACUCCUAGAUGUAUUUCCUAAUCGAGCCGAGACCAGCGAAGGAAAACUGUGACUGUAAAUGUUAACUGUUGUUUAUAAUGUGUAGAACGUUGAUUAAAUUAUGGCCUUUACUUCUAUGCACAUUGUGUUCAUGUAUUAUCCUAGAGUGCCAAGGAAACUCCAAUUGAGCCUUUUCAUACAGAUUCUAAGGAGAGGUGACUCCAAAUGUAUCCCUCUCUCACUGUGUUAUUUGUGAAGGCAUGUUUGGUUUGGUUAUUAAGAAUGAGA